AUGCCAGCCCUACCUGGUGUGUUCCAGGAGCUGAGCUGGGCGGUCCACUAUCUCGACUGGUGGCUUGAAUCGGUGGGAGUUGAGAGGAAUCUCGCCUCGACGUGCGCGUGGACUACCACAGCCCCGCCUGCAGGACUGCGUGACGGUGUCGGCUCCAAGGUCCAAAGGAUGGUCUCCUCCCUGUCCCCACUCACACCCCCGCUGUGCCGGCCUCUUAGACCACGCUUCGUUCCGGCCAUCAUCCAAAUCAACCAACAGAUCAGCUCCCCCGCCAAUGAGUUAUACUCGGCGGCGACUGUCAAGACGAUGAGAAAGAUGAGGCUGUGGCACACCAACUGCAAACCCACACUGGUUCGGCCCGGCCGCCUCGUUGACCAAUUACAAUCCACCAGUGGAAGACCAGAGACCGUUGAAAGCAACCAAACAAAACCAGAGACGGGACGUACCAAGCCUAUUCGAGUCAUCACAGUGCCUUGGUCCACUGGCGAACAACCCUUCCAUUAUCACGAUCAAUUGGCCUAUCGUAUUUACCAUAGGGAACAUCACUGCUCUCAUAAGCCAUUGAAAAAUCACUACUAUAUGGAAGCCUCUGUCAUAGAUACAGCGUAG